CGGUGGCCCGUGUUGGUGGUUUUCGCCGCUGAUGCUGCUAACUAUCAGCAACAACAUUCUCCAUCGCAGCCAAGCGAGCAAACGGACGAAACCGCCCAUUGAUCAGUAACAACUGCCAAAGGGGUAGCUGUUGAGUUUCAAGCUCUAAUCAACCAACAACAGCGGGUCAAACCAGCCUUAUCUAGUUUCAACUUAUGCGACUUGUUGUUGUUGUUGUUGUUGCUGUUGUCGUGCUAGUUUCGAUUUGUAUGUGUCCCGAGGGGAAGUUGUAGAAUGCAACUGCUGCUAUUGCUGGUGUUUAAGCAGUAAGUUGUGGCGGAAGGUGUGUUCUAGGCUGAGACAACGACGACGACGACAACGACGUCGUCGUUAACGGGGGCCGCGGCAGUGAUCAUAAUUCGGUAUUGGGUGUCAGUCGGUUAUGCUGUUGUUGCUGAAACUGCAAAUUCUUGUUUGACGUUUUGUGUAGUUUUCUGGGCGACCUGGGUUGCACGAACAAUUUUGUCUGACCAAUUAUCCAAUAAAAAUAUAGAAGAAGAGGUCGAUGGUAGAGAAACACGCUUCAUCGAGGAAUAUACACAUGUAACACAUUUCAAUGAAUUGUGUUUAAUACGUUUUCGAAAGGAAAAAGAGGACGAAGAAAACGCUAAGCGUUGUUGCAUUCCCGUUCCGCAGUCAGUGGAUGAUGCUGUUAAUUUUUUCCACAUAUAUAGAGAAGAUAGUGUGACUAUGUGUAUUAGUAUGUGGUGAAUCCUAAAAGUGGCCGCCCGUUUAAGUUGUGUGAGUCGCUAAGCUUAUGAGUUUGCAAGUUGCUGCUUGUCGACGGCUCGUCGUUUGAUCGUCUCGUCAAGGUUUUUUUUUGUCAAGAAGUAGUCAAAGGUGUUACCACUGCAGCCAUGGACGACGCUUCGGACAACGACAAGGUGCGAAUCAUCAGUAGUUUCAUGAGCCUUUCACCACCUGGAGAGUUCAACGAGGUUUUCAAUGACUGUAGGGCUCUAGUUGGCAAUCACGAACUCCUCUCAAAGGCUGCAGCAAACACAAUUUCGGAUUAUCACAUGGAUCAGCUAACACCGUGCUCAGUCGAUGGACUUUCGCACAAAAGUUUAAUUACACAUUAUAACCAACUACCCGAUGGAAGGUACUAUGAUCCACGAGGCGGUGUCUCGUUUCGGUUCGAUCAUUAUAAACGCGAAACAACCGAUCCACAGCCAAUGUCCCCCACAAGCUCACCUGAUUCAGAGGCCCUACGAGCGGCCCUUGAUGCUGCGUGGGGUGCGUACUGUAUCGAACACUAUCGCCAUGGUGUAGCUGCCGUCUUUGACCAAAGCGAGAACAAUAACCAGCAGAGCAGGCAAUACAUUAUGUGUAUCGAGGAUCAUCAGUUCCAGAGUCAUAAUUACUGGAACGGCCGUUGGCGCGGAGUCUGGACGCUCACAUGUGAAUCGGGGGCUACCCGGGCGUCCUUACUUGGAGCUGUUAAGGUGCAGGUGCAUUAUUAUGAAGACGGAAAUGUCCAACUUCAGGCAAAUAAAGAACACCAGCUAUCCAUACCAAUUGAGAAUGAUUGUGCGGUAUUUGCACAGGCGGUUGUACACGCAGUUCGCGAUGCCGAGGCUUCUUACCAGAGUUCGAUUAAUGAAAAUUACAAAUCUAUGAACGACAAAACUUUCAAGGCUCUUCGAAGACAUUUACCUCUCACUCGAUCCAAGAUCGAUUGGCAAAAGAUUCUUAGCUACAGGGUUGCUUCUGAGAUCAGCACCAAACAACAGUAAGCUCCAUCAUCCAUGUGUCUUACGAAGCAUUACGACACGUGUUUCAACAAUGCCAAUAUCAUCUUAACUGCAAUGAAUUGUUAGACAGUUACUGACAGACCACAAUGUAACUGUUAGCGGUCCGCCGAAGAAUGUCAUCAUUUGUCUCUUCGUGUGUAACUCUCAUCAAAAUGUUUAGUCCGCUCUCUCCGUCUCUCUCUUUUUCGUGACAGAGGCGGUAACGAGAGACAACCGCGCUUGAAGUUGUCAAGCGAUGCUACUAUCAUAUAUUAGAUUAUACAGCGUAAACCAAUAUCGUCGUGACAAUUUAUAAUAGACGACAGUGCGCUGCCAGCAACCACCUGGUAAUUUACACUUACAAAAAAAAAACAACCAAUAAUAAAGACAAGCCAAUGGACAUAAAAACUGUCUGUGUGUGCAUGAGACGCACCCGCGAUUAUAAACAAACGAUGAAUGACUUUUAGUAAUUAAAGAUGCUGUGUGCUAACUAAUGACAAUAACGAUAAAGCUAAUUAUGAUGGGCCAUUAAUAUGAUUAGCAUAGAUAUAGAAAUUAUCAUUAGUAUUAUAUUGUUAUUAUUAUACUGAUAUAUAAGAGCAAGUUCUAAUGGCCUUUAUGAUGACGCUGCUGGAAAAGUACGAAUAUGUGUAUCGUGGGGCGGGAACACAUUCCCAAAUAAAUAAAACGAUCAAAUAAUCAAAUAUUCUUCUUAUGAGUAAAAUUAUUUGGUGUAAUUUAUUUGUCCGACUUUUGAUCCACGCCAUCUUGGGUCAGAAGCAAUAUGUGUGGCUUUUUCACAAGUGUAGUGUUCGUUUUAAUUAUCGCCAUCUACUCCGCAUCUGAACAGUCUAGCUUUCCAAUUCUACAUCAGUGUCCAUCAGAAAGUAAUGGUUUCAUAGGUAACUUAGAUGUUUUCGUAAUGGUAUUUACUAAUCCAGAAAUCAAACAGUUAAAUACGCUUGUAGCGUUUGUAUUUAACAGAUGAGAUAACUUAAUGCGAGAUAAUUCAUAGUCAAUACUAAAUAAUUGCGUAUUAGUAUACUGGAGCAAGCACGCAUUGUGGGGGGUGCCAAUUUAUAUGAUAGACAAAUUCAGUGAUCAGACAAAAGAACUGAAUUAUAAAAUCAAAGCUCAGUCAACUAUUACUGAGAGGUGUGUUGGUCUUUAUCAAUAAAGUUACUAUACAAUCAAUAUUGCGAGCAAGGGUUAUUUAUAGAAAAUAUGAACAACGAGACAUGAAAUGAUGGAUGGACAGUAAUAGCGAUGUGAAAACAAGUAAAAGAUAAUGAGUGCGUUGAGAGUGGACUAAUGAACUUGUUUAUCAUCCCUUUAGUUCGUGUUCGAAAUAUUGUCAACAUUCAUAAAAUUCAAGUGACACUUUUAUAAUUGCCCUUAUAUUCGUAUUUGAUAAUUUCAUACUCCGCAUACCAGUAACUUUUACAGGGUAAGAGUGUUGCAUAAGCUAAUUGUUUGUCUAAGUAAUAAACCAUUAAUGCGAGUACGUCCCGUA